GUACCGUACUACCUAAGCUCCAGUAACGACGAGAGUAAAGGGGAGAGCAUACAACUCAAUCAACAAGAUGCUUCUGCUAGAUUAUCAAAACGUGCUGAUUCAGUCAGUCCUGACUGAGAGGUUUUCUGGAGCCCCUCCCGCUUCCAUUGACCAGACGGUCAGCGACUUCGACGGUGUUACCUUCCAUAUCUCGACCCCCGAGACCAAGACUCAGGUCCUCCUUUCUAUCCAAAUACGAUGCUUCCCCGAUCUCGUCAAGUACGGAGCUGAAGAGGUCCUCCAGCGGGAGUACGGCGACUAUGUGACAGCUGUCGAGCCCGGCUACGACUUCUCUGUUCUGGUUGACCUGGAGAACCUCCCCGAGUCAAAGGAAGAACGUAACGAGCUGGCUCUCAAGUUCGCUCUCCUGAAACGCAAUGCCAUGGCCGCCCCAUUCGAGCAAGCCUACAAGGAGCACUAUGCACUGAAGGAGGAGGCUUCCAAGUUCACUUCCGAAGACGCUCCCCAAGGAAUCCGAGAGGGAGGUGAAGUUAAGGCGAUCCACUACCGAGAGGAGGAGGCCAUCUACGUCAAAGCCAGCCACGACCGAGUUACCGUCAUCUUCAGCACUGUCUUCCGUGAAGAGACCGACCGUGUAUUUGGAAAGGUGUUUAUUCAGGAGUUUGUCGAUGCUCGGAGGAGAGCCAUUCAGAACGCUCCCCAAGUGCUGUUUAGAAACGAUGCUCCCCUUGAAUUGCAGGGUGUCCCAGGAAUCCAGAACACUGGAUCUGGAGAUAUUGGCUACGUGACUUUCGUUCUCUUCCCCCGACAUCUGACUCCCCAGCGCAUGACCGAUGUUAUUUCUCAUAUUCAGACUUUCCGUGAUUACUUCCAUUACCAUAUUAAGGCCUCAAAAGCUUAUAUCCACUCUCGUAUGCGAAAGCGAACUGCCGACUUCCUCCAAGUGCUGCGCCGUGCCAGGCCCGAGAACGAGGAGAAGGAGAGAAAGACUGCCAGCGGCAGAACUUUCAAGGUACAAGGAAACUAGAUUUUGGUGCAACAGGACAGUUUCUGCGCACCUAACUUUAUACAAUGACCGAUUUGGUUCAACACUGUUGGACCGUUAGAUAGGGCGGUUAGGCGCGGGCAGAUGAUAGUUGAGCGAAUGACACUAUAAAACUAUGAUUUGAUAACCCGAGUUGAACAUAUGAGACCAACAACCGAAUACUUAGUAAAUAGGAACAAUUAUAAGCUAAAUUCAUC